GUUCGGGAUUGUGGGGUCCGGGACCGGGAUUGGGGUCCGGGACCGGGAGGUUCGGGACUGCGGGGUCCGGGACCGGCGGUGUCUGGAACCGGGAGUGUCCGGGCCGGGAAGCCGAGCCCGCGGCCGCGCGGGUCCAGGAGCUGCAGCUGCAGCGCGGAGACUUCGAGAUCCUCAAAGUGAUCGGGAGAGGCGCCUUCAGCGAGGUGGCCGUGGUGAGGAUGAGGGAGACCGGGCAGAUCUACGCCAUGAAGAUCAUGAACAAGUGGGACAUGCUGCGCAAGGGAGAGGUGUCCUGUUUCCGCGAGGAGCGGGACGUGCUGGCGCGCGGGGACCGGCGCUGGAUCACGCGGCUGCACUUCGCCUUCCAGGACCCGCACUGCCUGGUGAGGGACAGCGCUGUCACCGUGUCACCCGCGUGUCACCUGCGUGUCACCU